UAUAUGCUGCAGGAUAGUCUUAACUGAGUGAUUUUAAAAGAAGAAUAGGUGGAGAAGACACAGCAGGUGUUAUGCCUCCAGAAGAACAUCAGAACACCAUGCCGGCCAAGAGGGCCAUCAAAAAGAUCCGAACAGCUAGCCUUGUCAUCAGCUUGGCACGGGGUUGGCAGCAAUGGGCCACUGACCACAAUACCAAGCAAGCCCAGGAGCCCAGUGGAUGGGCACCCAAUGAGGAGAAGACACCAAGGUUCCCCCCCCAAAAAAACAGGACAUUUCUCAAGAAAGACCAACUGAAGAAUGACACACAACUUCCACCCAAACAGCAGAUACUCAAAGAGAAUGGAGAACAGAGUGCCAUUGAAUCUGAGGAAGCCCUCCAGAAGCUUAACAUUAGAAGCAAAGAAGUGACCAAAACCAUUGUGAGUAAAAUCUAUGAACGAGGAAGUGGUGUCAACCUCCUCAGCGACAAGUAUGAGAAAGACAAUGAGUGUACAGAGACAGGUAACAGUGUCAAAGAGCUCAAAGAUAUUGAUAAACUCCUUAGUAGCAAAAUGUCCCCAACCAGAAGGAGAAAGUGCUCUAACCUGGUAUCAGAGCUGACUAAAGGAUGGAAGCAGAUGGAACAAGAGGAUAAGUCCCAGGACCUAGAAAUGCAGAAUUAUCGCAGUGACAGCUUGGAUACUGAGGACAGUGGCUAUGGAGGAGACACAGAGGACAAACUGGAUGCAGACAACAGUAAUCAAGACAUAUUUAGUCCUGUAAGGAUAAAAAGAUCCACAUCAACACUUGCAAACAGAAACAUCAAGGCUCCUAAGAAAUACAGCCCUGUACACAAUCUCAGGGGGAAGUGGGAAGAAUGGGCUGAUGAGCAUGUGAUAACACAAAAGCUCAAUCCUUUCAGUGAGGAGUUUGACUAUGAGCUGGCCAUGUCUCAACGACUGCACAAAGGAGACAAAGGCUACGGUCGUCCUAAAGAAGGGACAAAAACUGCAGAAAGGGCCAAAAGAGCAGAGGACCACAUUCAUCGAGAGAUGAAAGACAUGUGCUUCAUCAUCAGAACAAUGGCUGACCUCCGUCGCGAUGGCAAGGCCCAAGUCACUUUUGGUGAUCUCUUUGACAGAUAUGUCCGCAUUUCAGAUAAGGUUGUUGGAAUACUCAUGAGAGCCAGGAAGCAUGGGAUGGUGGACUUUGAAGGAGAAAUGUUGUGGCAAGGCCGUGAUGACCAUGUAGUCAUAACUUUGCUGGAAUAACACUUCAUGGAAUAAGCUAAAGAAUACUAGUUAUUCCUUUAGCUGCAGAAUGAGAACAUUGCCUUUUUUUUUUUACAAAGACCAAUGGAGACAUCAAUGCACCACUAGAAAUUCGUAUUUACAUGUUCUUAUCAUGUUCAUGUAUUUCCUCACAAUUUGGUUUGUGUAAAGGAAUGAAAUCAGCAUAUAUUUACAAGAGCACUUAAGAGUCCAUGGAAAUGCUUUUGUCUCAGCUGAAUAUGGUUUAACCUUAUGAGGUCUUCUGUGCUAUAGCAGUGACCCAUCCAUCUGCUAUCAAAAUAUGGAAAUAGCAUUCACAUACUGCUAUGCUGUUUUAAUAUCAGUGGAAUUGUUUUAACUGGGAGUUACAGGGCACUGGAAAUCUAUCCACAAUAUAUAGAAUAAAUUAAACUGUAGUUUACACAAAUACACAAAGAGUAUUUAUAAUUUCAAGAUCGUGAAAUCAGUCCUGUGAGUAAUGCAUGAUUCAAACGUUAGUUUAGCUUGCAUUAUAAAUUAUAUUUAGAAAUAUCUAAAUGAUAUUUAGAUCAUUACAGUUAUUUAAAAUGAUAUAUUUAAGAGCCUCAUUUCUUGAAAUUUAUUUUAUUUAAUUUAUUUACUGCACUUCUUUCCCGCCUUUCUCCCAAAGGAGAUCCAAGGCAGCUUACAAUAGUUUAAAAAACAAAGAGAGUUAAAACAUCAAUUCCAAAAAUUGAAAAUAGCUUAAACACUGUACUUAGUGUCAAAACUAUUGAACUAUGGUAAAAAAACUACUGAAACUAUUUUUCUUCUAAUACGUUGCCUUUCAAAUUGAAAGAUCACACAUCUUCUUACAGAAGAAAAAAAAAGUGAUUAUUUUAUGUUGAGUAAAAGAGCAUGCUUUCCUGAGAAUUGUCAAGUUACACGAACACACACAUACAGAAGUAUGCUUGUCUCUCUAUUUUGAACAUACUGAACACUACAUCAGUCUGUUAUCAACAACAAUACUGGAUAUUAUUACUGGAAACGAUUUACAGGCAUAGCCUAAUAUAAUUUGGUGCAAACACUUAGUCACAAUUUAGAGUAAAAUUGUAAAUGGUUUUGCAUUUGUGGAAUAAACUUCCUAUAUUAAUAGUCUUAGAAUAAGACUUCAGUGACUUAAACACUACCCUUGUAGGCAAAAUAAUGUGCUCAGAAUUAAUACAUAAGGCAACAAUUUCUAAUUACCUCAGACAAGAAAGUACAUUGCAGUUCAGAUUUUUGGAUUCAGAAACCUCAUGACUGAGUUCUAAGAUACUACUGUAGCUCAAAGUAUGUGUUUUCUUCUUGUGAGCUUCUUUGCUCUUUCUAAAGUCAUCAUUUUUUUAAAAAAAAUGCUUGAAUAUUAGUAGCUCUCUAGAUUUGGGCAUCAGUGUCUCCUGCCCACAAUGACACAGUCCAAACCAAAUGUGUAGAUGCUGUCUCUUUUAAAUACAGGACUUUAUCAGCAAUUCCUCUCAGUUCACUGGUUUUAGUGACAUAUACCAAGUCCAAGUUCUUUGGAAAGAACACUGCCUACUCGUUGCAUUACUAAUGAAGAUUGCAAACAUUACAUAUGCUUAAUGAUUAAUUAAUGAUUAAUGCAGAGAGGUUUAUAGUUGGACCAUGGAAGGAGCUGAUCAUGUGUGACACAAGAGGAUGUUUUGGAGGAGAAACUUGAAACAUGGGUUAGGAGGUACAAUCAUUCAGUGAGGCAUGUAAUCUUGUUGGUUUCUAGGCUUCAUUGGUUUUUUUUAACUAUGAGCACUGGAUUACGACUCUGUAGACCAGCUUUGAAUCCCCGCUUAACCACAGAAUCCCAUUGGGUGACUCUCCUAGCCUCAGAGGAAGGCAAAGGCAAUCCCCCUCUGAACAAAUCUUACCAAAAAACCCAAUGAUAGGUUCACCUUAGGGUCACCAUAAAUCAGAAAUGAAGGCACACAAUUUUGUGGGGAGGCCACAUAAGAUUAGACUGCAGACUGCAUCAUGCUUGUGAGCUGUAGCCCCAAUCCCUAUUUUAGGACUACUAAUUUCAUAUUAAUAAACAAAAAAUAGAAUCGUUGUGUCCAUUUCUUAUUUGCGUCCCAUGAGAAGGUCCAAACCAUCAUCUUAUUACUAGAAUUUAAUAUGCAAUAUGAGCACAGAUGAAGUGAAUUUAAACAUGCAUUUAUCUCCAACGUAUAAUCAUAUGUGCCAUAGCUCAGUUAACACGCUUCACAGUGGUUGUUUUCCAGACUUUUUACACCUACCCAAGGUGGGAAGAUGAAGGAGGCUUGGAGAAUCAGACUUAUGGUGCUGGUGGUAACAGAGUGUCUUCAGUAAACAAUGCAACAAUCAAAGCCUGAGCUGGGAAAGAGCAGGGUCCUACUCUAGUCAAUCCUAUUGGAGCCUACAAGCAAUGUGUAAAUAGCAUCUGUCUCCAGAAUCCCAUACCAAUGCAUGAACAGCGAAACAGGAAGCAAAGAGGAGAGCAGAUACAUCUGUCUAGCCAGCUACUCCCAGCAUAUUAAACAAGCAGAGAUCAAUGAGUUUGGCCACCAAAAUGGAUAUCAUUAGUAAAGGAAAACUGGCAAAAGAGUCAUCCCUUGGUGCAUUUUAGAAGCCUUCAAGUGGUCUCUGGAAGGACCAAAACAGGGUGGGUUUUUUUUUGUGCUUCCCUGGUUGUUUCAUUUCACAUGUGCAUACUGUAAGUUUUGAAUAAAAUAUUUGCUGAAAAAUG